CUCUUCGUCCUCACCAUGUACGUGAACGACUGCCCCGCACACGCCGCCGGGUGCCUGCUCCAGCAGGACCUCGGCAGGUUCGCCUUCCAGCCAUACAGGGAGAACCCCCUCGUCGGGCCCUCCUCCGCAACGCUGCUGGAAAUGGGGGCGCUAGAAACGAGUAAAGUUGCAAAAGAUCACGAAUGGUAUCGCCUCAUCACCUGCAUUUGGUUGCAUGCCGGUGUCAUCCACAUACUCGCCAAUAUGUUGAGUCUCCUAUUGAUUGGAAUCAGGCUCGAGAAGGAAUUUGGUUUCUUGAGGAUUGGCACACUCUAUUUGAUCUCGGGGGUUGGUGGCAGCUUGUUGUCUGCUCUAUUUAUGGUGUCAAAUAUCUCUGUUGGCGCCUCAGGUGCACUGUUUGGAUUACUGGGCUCCAUGCUGUCGGAGCUGAUAACAAACUGGACAAUAUACGAGAAUAAGUUUGCGGCUCUAUUGACUCUUGUUAUAAUCAUUGCUAUCAACUUAGCUGUCGGGAUCCUUCCACACGUUGACAACUUUGCUCAUAUCGGAGGAUUUAUAUCGGGUUUCUUUCUUGGUUUUGUUCUCCUAAUCCGGCCCCAGUUCCAAUACAUCAACCAAAAGAACUCUCCUCUUGGAGUUUCCUCAGGCACAGCUAAACGCAAGUACAAGAUAUAUCAGAUUAUACUUUUGGUGAUUGCUCUGGUGAUAUUAAUUUGUGGGUUCAUCAUUGGCUUUGUAUUGCUAAUGAAAGGGUUCAAUGCUAGCGAGCAAUGUUCUUGGUGCCAUUAUCUGAGCUGUGUUCCUACUUCAAAGUGGAGUUGCAAAGCACCGAGUAACUAUUGCGUAUCCUCACAGCUUGGAGAUCAAUUAAAUCUGACCUGUCAAAGCACUGGGAAGACUGAAACAUAUGUUAUCAACAGCCCAGCCAAUGCGGAAGCGUUAAAACACCUCUGUCUUGGCCUUUGCAGUUGAUGGAAAAUGCAUGGAUUUUCAUGAAAAGUGAUUGAUAUCAGCAGACUUUUGGAAGGCAAGUAGAAGCCAAAUGUUCAGUGAGACCUCGGGUAAUGCUUUUGGGCUUCUAAUAGUUCCCUUCACUGUACACCGUGUAUUGCAAAUGUCAGUUGGCAGUUAUGAAAGAUGAAUGCUUUGAGGCAGUAGUUUCUGAAAUCUUAACUGAUCACUUGCAUUUUUAUCUUGCGUUAUGAAU